UUUCAAAUGCAAAUCCAUUAUUAUAUAAUUCUAAAUCAUUGUUAAACAAAACCCUAGCUAUUCUCUUAGAGGCUCAAACAUAUAUAAACUAAAAUGGCGGCCAUACAGGCUUUGUUUAUUACUUGUAUUUUAGCCACACUGGCGGUGGUGGUGGUGCACGGUGUUCCGGUACCAUCUCCGGCACCAUCUCCUGCAGCUUUUUCUCCAACUCCGGCACCACCUACCAAGUAUUCGCAUUCGGUGUUGCCGCCGGCCCCUAAUUCUCCGAUUCCGUCACCGGCUACAUCUUCAGAACCACCAUCCCCUUCGGUGUCGUCGCCGGCCCCUGAUUCAUCAAUUCCUGCACCGCUACCGGCUCCAAUUCCGGCAGUGACUAAGCUUUUAGAGCCACAAUCCCCUACGGUAUUGCCGCCGGCCCCGGAUUCCCCUGAUUCUCCCAUUCCGGCACCGUUUAAGUCUUUAGAUCCACCAUCUCCUUCGGUGUUGCCGCCGGCGGCUGAAUCUCCGAUUCCCGCACCGCUUAAGUCUUCAGAACCACCAUCUCCUUCGCCGGUUCCCGCCUCUCAAAUUCCGGCACCACCAUCUCCGCCGGCUGAUUCCCCUGAUUCUCCAAUUCCCGCACCGUUUAAGUCUUUAGAACCACCAUCUCCUUCGGUGUUGCCGCCGGCUGCCGCUUCUUCAACUGCACCUCCGAAGUCUUCUCCUACUCCGGCUCCUUCAAAACCGGCAGCCCACUCCGGCCAUAGUCCGGCACCGGCAGCUGCAAAUUCCGCAGGCUACAGCGUCUCAUCAUUUUAUGUUGCUUUUAGCGCGGUGGCGGCCUUGUUGUCAUCCACGUUUCUGGUAGCUUAGUUAGUUUAGGUAGAAAAUAAUUAUGAAUUUUCCGUUUGGUUAGUAUAUUAGUUUGUUAUUAGUAGCUUAGUUACUUUGUAGCUUAGUAUCAAACUUUUAUUAGUGUUUAAUUAGUUUCUCUUUAGGAUUUAUUAAAACAUUCUUUUAACUUCUAGCCA